CCCCACCUUUCUACUAGAAUCUAAACACCGUUUUAAAGAAGCUUGGAUUAUUUUGUACAUGAGUUUGCUUGUGUGAUAUAUUUGUGGAAAAGCGGCAGCUGGAUAUUCUUUUGUGGAUUAUUUCUACCCGUUGAUGAACUGAAGGGAGAGUGACUGCCAUGACCACAGACGAGGUGGAGAGCGUUCAUAAGAAGCAGGUGUGCGAGCAGCAGCAGGAAGAGGAGGACCCCGCUGCACAGGAGCCAGGUCCCGCUGACACCGCUCAGGACAGCUCCUCUGGCACCUCGCCGCCCCCCGGGGGCUCGGAGGAGGAACAGCAGCUGAAGCCGCGCCAGCGCACCUCCGCUGGCCGCGGCCUGUCCCGCCUCUUCUCCUCCUUCCUGAAGCGCCGCUCACAGUGCUCUGACGGCGAGGGGGCGGAGACAGAGAGGGCAAGGGACAAGGACAGCCAGGAAGAACCCAAAGCUCCCAUAGCGGACCCCGAGCCAGAACUGCGCAUAGAGGGCGAUGUUGCUCUAGACCAGCACUCAGUCAGCAGUGCUGAAAACCAGCAAAUCGUAGCAGAUCAGAAGGAAGACGCCGAGCUGGAGUCCGGCAAGGGAGAAAUGGGGGAGAAGGGGGAAAAGAAGGAGAAGAAGAAAGAAAAGAAGGAGAAAGCAGAUAAGGAGAAGCCGGAGAAGAAGGAGAAGCCAGAGAAAAAAGAGAAAGCAGAGAAGAAAGAGAAGAAGGACAAAAAAGAGAAAAAGGAGAAGAAAAACGAGGACAAGGCCAAAGGAGAGGAGGGAGAGAAAGACAAGGAAUGCGAGAAGGAAAAAGAGAAAGUAGAGGAAGAGGCCAAGCCGGAAGAUGCAUGUGCGGCAGAAACAGAAGUAAAGGAGGAAGGAGAGAUAGAGGAAGUGAAACAGGAGGAGAACACGGUGGAGGAGGAGGAGGGGAAGAAGCAGAAAGCAUCUCGCCGGCCCAGGAUCAUGCAAUGCAAAGUCAAGCUGCUGGAUGAUUCUCUCUUCGAGUGUGAGCUGGAAAAACAUGCCAAAGGCCAGGAUCUGUUUGCAAAAGUGUGUGACCACCUGAACCUAUUAGAGAAGGACUAUUACGGUCUGGCCAUAUGGGAGACGCCAACCAUAAAGACAUGGCUGGACUUCACCAAGGAGAUCAGGCGGCAAGUACAAGGCAGCAACUACGAUUUCACAUUCAAUGUGAAGUUCUACCCCCCUGAUCCAGCCCAGCUAUCAGAAGACAUCACCAGGUACUACUUGUGUUUGCAGCUGCGGAAGGACAUCAAGAACGGCCGGCUGCCCUGCUCUUUCGUGACCCUGGCCCUGCUGGGAUCUUACGCCCUGCAGUCUGAGCUGGGCGAGUACGACCCCGAGGUGCACGCCACUGACUACGCCAAGGAGCUCCAGCUCAUCCCAGGACAGACCAGGGAGCUGGAGGAGAAAGUGAUGGAGCUGCACCGCACAUACAGAUCUAUGAGUCCGGCUCAGGCUGAUAUGAUGUUCCUGGAGAAUGCUAAAAAACUGGCCAUGUAUGGGGUUGACCUCCACCAGGCAAAGGAUCUGGACGGAGUGGAUAUAAUGCUGGGGGUCUGCUCCAGUGGCCUGAUGGUGUAUAAGGACAAGCUGAGGAUCAAUCGAUUCCCCUGGCCCAAAGUCCUCAAAGUCUCCUACAAACGCAGCAGUUUCUUCAUCAAGAUACGGCCGUCUGAUCUGGAACAUUACGAAAGCGCCAUCGGCUUUAAGCUGCCCAACUACAAGGCCUCCAAGAAACUGUGGAAAGUGUGUGUGGAGCAUCACACAUUCUUCAGGUUGACGUCCACAGAAGCGGCCACCACUCCCAGGAAGUUCCUGGCUCUGGGGUCCAAGUUUCGCUACAGCGGCCGAACUCAAGCCCAGACCCGUCAGGCCAGCUCCGUGAUCGACCGGCCCGCACCUCAUUUCCAGCGCUCCGCCAGUAAGAGGGCGUCCCGCAGCUUAGAUGGAGCCAUGGUCUCGACUCCGGAUAAGAACGCCCGUCCAGUCAGCGCUCCCAUCAUAUCUCCCAUCUCUCCAGGUGAUGUGGCUCCUUCCCUAAUGGCAUCUGCCGCCCGCACUGACCGUAAAGAGACGUCCACGCCCACGGGCCGUCCACGCUCCACUGAGAGGAAGAGUGAGGUGAAGGCAGAGGCCCAUGUGACAGAUGGCUCCAAAACACACAGCACCAAAGCAGAAGGCACACCUGAAGUCAAGACGGUAGCCCGGCGAGAACGACGGCACCGUGAUGCCCCGCUGGUGAUGGCCACCAAUGGGGAGAGAAAGAGCCAGUCGCCACGGGCGGACACAAAGAUGGUGCGCAUGAGGAAGAAAAGAGCUAAGAAAAUUGAGGGUGAAACUCUUUAUAUCAGACAUAGCAAUUUAAUGUUGGAGGACGUGGAUAAGACACAGACAGAGAUCAUGCGACAUCACACCAGUAUCAGCGAGCUCAAACGAAGCUUCAUGGAGUCGGUGCCCGAGUCGAGGCCCAACGAGUGGGACAAGCGUCUGUCCACCCACUCGCCCUUCCGCACUGCCAGCAUCAACGGCCAGAAACAGCCCGACUCUCCUGUGGUGAAGACGAAAACAAUCACCAUUUCUGAUGUCACCAACUCCCUUCGCAGCGAAAUCACCAGCAAGGACAUCCCCAUUGUGCAUACAGAGACCAAGACCAUCACAUAUGAGUCUGCACAGUCCAACACAAUGUCAGAGAAGGAGUCUGGGAUGCUGCUGAGUGCUCAGACCAUCACGUCAGAGACCGUCAGCACCACCACCACAACCCAGAUCACCAAGACGGUGAAAGGCGGGAUCUCAGAGACCCGUAUCGAGAAGAGAAUCGUAAUCACUGGAGACACUGAGAUUGACCAUGAUAAGGCUCUUGCUCAGGCGAUAAAGGAGGCGAAGGAGCAGCACCCUGACAUGUCUGUGACUAAAGUGGUGGUGCAUCAGGAAACAGAGAUCACCCCUGAGUAACUCCUGCAUGACACACAGGGUGAAAAAACGGGACCAGUCGGGUUUAUGAAUGUUAAAAGACAACGUAAGAUCCCUCACAUCCAGCCUUCUACCAUCAACCCACCGAGUUCCUUUCACGGACAAACUCUUCCUGUAGCAGCGCAUGUCCCACCCAACCAUUGCCAUCCGAGACACCACUUUCCAGACCCUAAACAUCUGUUAGAUUUCAAGCGUCUCAUACUGCAAACUGAGCAUCCAGCAUCUACUCCUGUCCAGAAGCAGAAUUCAAAGUGCAGUUCUCAUCCACUUCUCAACACCUCGGACAGACUUUUUCCUAAAGCCCUGCCUGACCUCCACCACGUCAAAGUCAUUCCACGACGGACUGAACCGUGUUACAAAUACGUUUUCUAAAACAGUGGCUAAAGAGCAACUUUUUAUCUCAAAUUCCUAUGGUAUUUUAGGGUGGAUCGUUAAGGGAUGGUUCACGUAAUAACAACUGGGCGGCAGGAAUUUUCUAAAGUGUCAAUUUGUUGUUGUUGUUUAAUUUUUCAUAUAUAUAUUCUUUUUUUUUGCAAUUGGUUGAUUAUCUGUCAUAAUCUGAAACUCUUAAAAGGGGAUGCAAAGCUGUAUUCAAAAGCUGUUCUUUUCCAAUCUUUUUCAAGAAAUUUGAAGACUUAAAUGAAGGUAUAGUUCUGUCAUUAUUCACUCAAUGUCGUAAUGUAACCAGUAUGACUUACUUUUUGAUGUAUAUUUUGAGAAGAGAUUUUUUGGUAAUCAUUAUCACCAAAACUGUUUAAUUACCAACAUUCUUCAAAAUGUCUUCUUUUGUGUUCCAUGCGUCAUAAAGUUUUUAAAUGAAUUUGUGGUGAGAAAUUUAGGACAGAAUUAUUUAUUUAUUUAUUUAUUUUAGGUAAACUGUCCCUUUUAGUUGUUGUCGUUCUCUAAUUUCAUUUCCGGCUACUUACAUUUAUAUUUAACAGGUUUAAAGUCAAUAAUGUUUGAACGUGCAAAUAACAUUUAAGUUUUGUUGAGGAGGGGAAGAUUUUAGUGAUAAUACAUUUCAAUUGUUCUUUAAACAGAACUAUAAUAUGACUAAUGGUGACUUUUAUUGUGAUAUUUUUUUUUUUUUUUUUUUUCUUUUGUGGAUCUAGACAGUUCCUCCCAUUUAGCUUCCACUGAAUGGAAAAGAGCAGCAUGAAUAUUCUGUUAAACAUCUGAAUUGCUCAGAAAAGAAAGAUUUUAAAAGACGCAAGUACACAGAGAAUAAAUGACAGGAUUUUCAGAAUACAUCAUGUUGUAAAGUCACAUAUUUUAUGUUCCUCUUAAAUGUGAAAGUAUUAUUUUGUUCUCGGUGUAAAAUAAUGUGUUGUUUUUAUUCGGAAAUGCUGGAGCAAUUUCAGAUGUUCUCUUGUGUUUUUAAGUUACAUUACUUUGCAUAUUUGUUGAAAGCUUGAAUCAGUUUUAUUUUGUUUUGUUGGUAAUGUUAUCCUGUUUCAUCAUGGAUUGGGGGUCCGAUGAAGAUGGGGUGGGGUAUUAUAGUGAAACUACACUCUUAUGAUAUUUCUAUUUAUUUUCAGCAGUUUUGUUCUUGUUUGUGUGUGUACUUUGCAUUUUAGAUGCCCUGCUCUCUUAAAUUCAGCUUUGAUGUUUUGUAUUAGAUCCAGAAUCCCAAACACCAGCUCCUGCCAGUUUUUAAAUGGGAUUUGCAGGGACAACUCUGCUCAUCUUCAGCAUAUUUCUACUUUUCUACUAGAGGGGGCAGUAUGUUCUUACCCAUGAGGUCUAUAGCAGAUCUGCAGAGCCUUCAAAAUGAGCAUCCACACACAACCUGAAGUGUUUUUAGAAGAAUUGCAAUCGAUUAGCCAUGAACGGAUCUAAUUAGCAGUUAUGGGAAUUAAUUGUGAAAGCAAUCAGACUACAGCAAAUUAAAAUGAGUCUCAGUUAUUCAUUGAGCCAUUCAAAUGCCUCUGUUUGACUCUAAAGGUCAAGACUGGCAAUUCAGGUGCUGUAAUUCAAUUCUAGAAACUCAAAGUGGGAAAUUGAGGAUUUUAUAUUGUGCACGAACACUGCCGGUGGCGUAAAGCGUACUGCCCCUCCCCGUACUGUCCUGUUUUUAAAUGUCUAUUUUAAAAUGUCACGCUUUUUUAAUAGUUCAAAUAGUAUCCUGUACAGAGACGAGGUGUUGUAUUUCGUUCAGUGUGUUGUUUUCUUCAUUGUGGCACUCCUUUCCUUUGCUAGUCUGGGGUGAAGAAAAGAAAAGAAUCGUACGUUUUUCCUCAGAGGUUCUUUUUCUUCUCAUCACAUCCCCUCUUUCAUUUGCCUUCACUGAAAAAAAAAGACAAAUGUACUAUAUAGCACCGUGCACUGAAUAAACUCCAACUUAGACACAUUCUUCACACAGUUUCACGAGUGUCAACUUUCUUUACUUUCUUAAUACAGGCUUUCUUAUGAGUGUUUACUUUGUGCAUGUUAUUACAUUCGUAAUGUUGGAUUAAAAUGAACUAACUUCC